AUGGUUAGCGAGGGUCAGGAGCUUGUAGUCAUGGAGGCAAUGAAGAUGCGAAACAGCUUACAUGCAGGCAAAACGGGAGAGGUGAAAACCGUUAAAGUAAAGGUUGGUGACACUGUCGACGAGGCUCAACUACAACUUCCAAUCGGUUACACUACAUAUGACGUCCGUAUUGGUGGAGUACAUGUGGCAAUGCUAGCAGCAUUCUACUCUUGUCCUGGUGACGCGAUCUUCAUCGGUGUUGUACUUGAAGUCGCUAGUGAGCGUCAGCACAUGACCUAG